UUGCAGGCUAGUUUUCAAUCUAAGCAAGUUGAAAUUGAUGGUGCUCAUAUCACGUUGAACAUCUGGGAUACGGCUGGACAAGAGAAAUAUCAUGCGCUCGGUCCUAUCUAUUAUCGGUUGUUUGGGCUCGAAAGUUUUGUAUAUCAAUCAGCAGUUUUAAGCGGUAGUCAAGGAGCUCUUCUCAUCUUUGACAUGACCGAUCAGCGAUCUUUUGACAGAGCCAAAGUUUGGUUGAAGGAGUUACAGCGAGCAUUAGGAGACUCUGUCGUGUUGAUGAUUGUCGGCAACAAACUUGAUCUGGCUAGAAAUAGGACUGUAACGCUUGAAGAGGCUCAGGAGUAUGCUUCUUCCAUGGGUGCUAUGUAUGAGGAAACUUCGGCAAAGGAAGAUAUUGGAAUUGAGGAGACGUUUGUGAGAUUGUGUAAAGCCAUGAUCGCUGUAGCCAAAGAUACUUCAAAAAGUCGUUCCAUUGAUAAUCCAAGGGGCCGCAGAAUUGAAUUAGUCGACGAUGAACCCAGCCAUAGUAGGGGACGGUGUUGCAAGUGA